AUGGAUCAUCUGCCAAAGUUUCAAAACGCUACUCGGCCGUAUCCGACUGUACCAUACCUUGGGGUCGGUGACUACAAGGCCAAGCGAUUUCAAGAAUAUGCUUCUAGCCAUGGCUGGGACGUCAUGGAACUACAGCAAGGGAGGUUUUCGGCGCCGGCGGAUAGACUCUCUUCCCGCGCUGCCUUUCUGCAGGACUGGCUCUACUUUGGUCUCCUACACGAGCUCUUUGCCGCAGCCAGAAAGAAAGCGCCACGGGUGAAGCAAUUUAUUCAGGACGCGGAUACGGGAGGCGAAAAGACGGUUACCUCGCGCCGGCUAGAGAGGCUGAUCCAGAAGAGCGUCUCUAGCAUGACAAGACUGAAGCAGAAGGAGAAGGAAGAGGGCCUUGGGCGCCUCGGCGAGGCCCUUGAUAUUGCCAACUCGGUGGUGCGGCAGCUAUGGUUGCUUGCCAGUAACGAGAGCGGCAAGCAAUGCCCUCUUCCUACAGAGAUUGUCUUGUCCCUUAUGGUCCUCGGCAGCUCUAUCGACAAGGCCCUACAGGAUGUUGGCUUCGUCUCUGGAGCGACAGCAAGAGACUGGAACCUUGCGGAGGCGGCUAAGCUUUCUAUGCAAACGAGCGGCUGGUGUCGCCGCGAUAUCGCCUUAACCGACAACUUCCUCUCGGAUAUUUCCAUGUUUUGCGCAUCGCUCUUACAACGAGGCCCUAUAGUCCAGGCUAACCACGGCGGGUGCAUAGAGGCUGCUUGCAAGGUAAGGCAGACUGAUGAAGCGACCUACCAAACGAAACACGUUACGGACGAGUGUAACUGCGAGUUUUGGCGUGCCGACAUAGGCGAGCUGCAGGACAUAAUCCGACAAGACCGCAUCCCGUACAUCCAGCUGAGACGAGAGCCGGCCUCCGAGACAGGUCGCGGGCCGUCUGUUAGCGCAUCGCUGCAGAGCAUGAGGAACUCAACCUGGAACGGACCACACAACGUUCUCGUCAUCUUCUCGCACGUUUGGUCUGAUGGCCUUGGCAACCCGCGCGAGAAUGCCUUGCCAAAGUGCCAGCUCGAGCGCUUCUACAACAUGCUCUACGACUCGCCCUGGAUUGACGUGUCCGCCCCGGGAUUUGUCGCAACUAAAGACAGCGUUUUGGGCAAGAAGACGCGCAUGAGGAGAGUUUCAGGCUGCCCACCUAAGAUCUGCCGACGAUGGGCUCGCAGGGGGCUCAACAUGGGUAUCAAUAUCUGGAUCGACACACUGUGUGUGCCUAUAGACAAUGAGAUGCGAAAAGCGGCUAUUGGCAUGCUCAAAAGGUACUACUCGUUUGCGACUAUGACGAUCGUCCUAGACAAGGAGCUGUGUGCGCUUAAGCAUAAGCAGUGUUCGCAGAGCGAGCUGCUUCUCCGCAUCGGCUUGUCCGGCUGGAUGAGUCGCUGUUGGACUAUGCAAGAGGCCAUUGUCGCCGGCGGCGCCAUCGCCGUGCGCUUCGACGACGGCUGGUGCUACCUUAUGGACGUGGUGGCCUUUGUGCUAUCAAAGAGCAGUAACAUUGGCUUCCAUGUCUUGACUGAGCAACAGAGAGCCAAGCGAUCCAGGUCUGCCGGGGGAUUGGUCGCCGUGUGCGCGCUGCUUUUCGCGGCUGUCCUUGGCUGUUCGGAUUCCCAGGACUGGAAUAUGAGUUCGCCUCGCGUAACCAUGAAAUGCUUUCCGGACCCAGGUGACGAAAACUACUGGUGCACUCUCUUUUGCAACCUCUUUUGCUUUUGCUGCUGCGAUUACUGCUGCAACCGCUGUCACAAUUGUUUCCGGACCAUGUGGAGAGCCGUCAAGCCAAAGCGAGUCAAGCCGCCUGCUACGUUGGAAACCCUCCUGGUCGACUGCAAAGACAUAUUUGGAUCGCUAUCAAGUCUCUGCCAGGAUGCGAAUACCGACGGGCCCGAAUACGCCGCCGAGGCCGUCGAGCGCAUCGAGUUAUCGUGGCAUGGCCUCCGCUUCCGCAACACGAGCCACCAGCCCGACCGCUUUAUCAACUUCGCGUUUGGGUGCGCCAUGGAUAACGACGGCUUCGACCUGAUUAAGAACUUGCUCGGCUUGCCAGCGCCCGCCCGCCUGCGAGGGUGGCUGUUGAACCAAGUUGCCCUGCCGAGCGGGCUGCUGUUCCUCGACGGCCCAAAGAUGGACGUGCACGGCUAUCGAUGGGCGCCGAGCGAUAUUCACCCCGGCAUCCUUGAAGACCGCAGCCCGGCCAGGUGCGUGAGAGGAGGCGAUGGCACUGAUGCCCCCGAGGGCUCACUGCGGCUCCAUAAGCCGGGCCUAUUCUGGAAGCAGCCCGACACGAGGCCGCUCGGUUCUAGUCUGGUGGCGUGUGAGUUGAAUUCGGUCCUGCUGCAUGCUAUAGAGCUCGACCUGGUCUCGGUGCAGUCCGACGGCCUAUGCCAGGUCGGCCAGGGCUAUUUCGGCAUCGUACUUUGUCGCCCACCGGCACCCGGUCAAACCGUUUUGGGCGCCCUAAUAGCAAACGCCGAGAGACAGCCCGACUCCUAUACUGGCCAUUUUAUCUGUAGGGCCCUUGUGAGGACAUCCAGUGUCGGCGAUGUCGCCGACACGAUUGGGGCAGUUAUCGUGCAACGCCUAGCUGAUUACCAGAAAUGGACAGUCUCAUAG